AUGCGCGCCGCUAAUCUUUGGUUUUGGACCUCUCUCGCAGCUCCAUGUGUCGGGGUCCAUGCUCCAUGGAACUUAGGAAAUGGGUUUGAGCUCACGGUAAAUGUGGAUUCCAACUGGCUGUCCAUUGCCCACCGUGGUAAAUCUAUUUGGGAGACUGUGUCAGGCCAGUCAUUCCUUAGUGCCAGCGCAGGAGAUGACGAGGUGCUCGCCGCCAAUGGUAACUUCAAGAUCAACGAAGUAGACCGAAAUAAGUGUACCAACCAGAAGAUAAGCGAUGUUGUUAUCAAGUCGUGGCAAAACAGCGGGAAUGACCAUGCUGCGGUUAUUCAGGGUCAGCUCACCGGUUGUGGUAAUGCCACUCCUCAUUUCUCUAUUGCUUUCUGGGUCCCGUCGCAGUUCCCCGAUCGCGUCGCCUUCAGUGUCAAUGUCGACCCUGGAACUUCAUCAGAUGUGGCGACAAAGCUAUACUUGACAUACCGCUCUUCUUCAUCCGAGGAUUUCUAUGGACUCGGUGCCCAGGGAUCGUUCGCCUCUUUCAAAAACCAGACAGUUCCCAUAUUCUCACGCGAGCAAGGUGUCGGCCGUGGUGACCAGCCAACAACUCGCCUUGAAAACAAGGACAGCUUUUUCGCCGGUGGAGAUCAGUUUACAACCUAUACUGCUGUGCCGCAGUAUAUCAGCUCGAAAUCCCGGGUGUUCCACCUCACAGAAGAGAGCUCUGGCUACACUACCUUUAAUUUCACCAAUCCCAGCGCUGUCACUGUGCGAUACGAUGCCCUGGCAAUGGACGGCUACUUCAUGCAAGCCGAGAACAUACUUCACGGUGUUUCCAUGCUUACCGAUUAUACCGGCAAGAUGGCCGCGUUGCCUGAGUGGGUUGACACUGGUGCCGUGCUUGCUAUUCAAGGAGGGCAAACCAAGGUGAACCGGAUUGUCAACCAAGGACUUGGACUUGAAUGUCCCAUUGCUGCAGUCUGGCUCCAGGAUUGGUCUGGUACACACUCGCAGAGCGUCUCGUACAUGUCGCUGAAUGUAUCUCGUCUUUGGUGGAACUGGGAAUCCGAUACUACACUUUACCCAACAUGGAAGGAGUUUGUCCAGUCGCUGCGUGACCAGUACAACGUCCGUACUCUGGCAUAUAUAAACCCAUUUUUGGCGAAUGUCAGCACGAAGCCUAAUGGUUACCGCACCAACCUUUACGAUGAGGCCAGUCAGGGUCGUUACAUGAUCCAAAACUCCACCACCAAUAGUACAUCCGUUAUCUCCAGUGGCCCCGGCCUUGACGCUGGUAUUCUUGAUCUCACCAAUGCUGCUGGCCGAUCCUGGUUCAAGGAGGUGGUGCUGAAUCAAGUGUGGAGUGCCAAUAUCUCCGGAUUUAUGACAGAUUUUGGCGAAUAUACCCCUAUCUACCCCGACACUCAGUUCGCCAACAAGAGCAUUGAUCCCUUCUUCUACCACAACGCCUAUCCUCGAGAGUGGGCUGCUCUGCACCAGUGGAUUGGAAAGAACGUGUCUUCAUUCUCCGAUGCCAUCCUAUUCCAUCGCUCAUCCUCUAUGGCGGCUAACCGGCACAUGAAUCUAUACUGGGCAGGCGAUCAGAACACCAACUGGGGCCGCAACGAUGGUAUCAAGGCUGCUGUCACUGUGAUGGGCCACAUGGGCUUGUCAGGCUAUGCUCACGGCCACAUGGAAAUUGGUGGAUACACCACUACCUGGGACAGUAAUGGUGUUGUGAACCGGUCUUCUGAACUGCUCGGUCGGUGGGGUGAACUUGCCGCCGUCUCCAGUGUAGUUUUCCGUACCCACGAGGGCAACGCCCCUCAGGUCAACGCUCAGUUCUACACCAACUCGACCACAUACUCUUGGUUCGGUUACAACGCACGCAUGUUUGCCAGUCUUGCGAAAUAUCGUCGCCGCAUCUUGGAAACCGAAAGUAAGAACCUCGGCUGGCCAUUGCUCCGCAUGCCCGUCGUCUACCACCCAGAUGACGAGGCCGCCAAGGCAAUCAGCUACCAGAGCUUCUAUCUUGGCUCUGAUUUGUAUGUCGCACCGGUGUUAGAUCCAGGCCGCGCUAGCGUGAAGGUCUACUUUCCCGGCAAGAAUCAGACUUUUACCCACGUUUGGUCUGGAAUGAAGUACCAUGGUGGCCAGACUGCACGUGUAUCCGCACCGUUUGGGAAACCAGCCGUCUUCGUUGUUGGUACGCCGCACAACAACGAUUUGGAUGACUUCCUGCAAUUCGUUCGCCAGGAGAAUGGUACCGUUAUCCGCUUCUAG